UAGAAGAUGGUAUCAAGACUAGAUCCAAACACAAGGAGAACAUCAGCAACUUGGCAUUGAUUUCUGAAAUAGAACCAAAAGAAGUUGGUGAAGCUUUAUCAGAUGAAAGCUGGAUCGAUGCUAUGCAGGAGGAACUUCAGCAGUUCAGAAUCAAUAAAGUAUGGGAGCUUGUGCCAAGACCCAAAAAUCAUCCAGUAAUUGGAACAAAAUGGGUAUUCAGAAACAAACUGGAUGACAAAGGGAAAGUUACAAGAAACAAAGCAAGACUGGUUGCAAAAGGCUAUUCUCAAGAAGAAGGCAUAGAUUAUGAUGAAACAUAUGCACCAGUUGCAAGGUUAGAAGCCAUUCGGCUACUAUUAGCUUAUGCUUGUUUCCAUAACUUUAAAUUGUUUCAGAUGGACGUGAAAAGUGCCUUUCUGAAUGGAUAUAUCAAAGAAGAAGUAUAUGUGGAACAAUCACCUGGUUUCGAAGAACCAAGGAAGACUGAUUAUGUCUACAGACUCAAAAAGGCUCUUUACGGUCUGAAACAAGCACCCAGAGCUUGGUACGAAAGGUUAAGUAACUUCCUUCUGCAAAAUGAUUUCACCAAAGGUAAGGUUGAUACAACUUUAUUUGUUAAGAGAAAAUCGAAACUUUCCUCUCCAAAAGUAAUCAAAAUGCCGUUCAAGAUGGUGGCUCGUCGAAGAUCUUCACGUAUUCUCGACCAAGACUCCAAGUCUACAGCACUGGCGGAAUAUUUGGAGGUUUCAGACUCAGAAUCUGACCAUCAUGAAGGCCCUUCUGAAGCGACACCUCCUCAGCGAUCGUCGCCACCGAAAUCGUCCGGUAAAACUGAUUUUCGCUUUCGAAGCAUCAAACGUGUGUGGGAAGUUUACCAAAGGUUGAAAAGGAACAAUGCUUCAGCGUCGAUCCUUCUCGCUUGUCUGAAAGACAACGGUUUUCGCUCUGAAGAGCAUCUUGUGCAAAACUAUUCUGUUUACUGCACUAAAUCUGAACAAGUUCCAGCCAGUUCUACAUCAAAAGAGCCUUCUUCCAGGAAGGGCAAGGAGAAAGUUGGAGAAUAUUCCACUCCUUCUGCAAAGAAAUCUGUCCCUAUAAGUCCUAAGUCCACAAGUGCCUCAAAAUUUGUUAUUUUCGAUAAUGACGCUCGAUUUUUUGAUACUUUUGAAAUGAAGGUGGGAAUAGCAUCUGGUGUGCCUGGAACAGGAGGUUUUCCCGUGACCGAAAAGCUGUUUUCCUGGUGCCUAACCCUCUCACCGUCUGAAUCCUCCCUGGUCGAGUCACACCGCAGGCUACCAUUCGUCAAGUCCCGCCGCGAUUCGCGAAUCUAA